AUGCCACUCACCAUUCAACCCCUCCAUCCCACCUUCGCGGCAGAGAUCCGUGGCGUUGACUUCUCCAAGCCGCUGACAGAAGAAGUCUUUCAAGAGAUCCAAGCAGCCAUCACAAAGGUCUGCAUCAAUGACCUUCUCGUAGUCUUCAAGACUUCAACAGGCCUGGACGACGAACGCCACGUCGCCUUCGCCAGCCUCUUCGGCCAACUCGAGCGCCGCAAAGACACUGGCGCGCCGUCGCGGAUGAGUCUGCCCGAGUUGACGGACCAGGGUAAUGUUGACGCCAACGGCAACGUCAUCGGCUCUCAAGAUCCACGGGCUCAGAUCAGCAAGGGCAACACGCUCUUCCAUGUCGACAGCAGCUUCAACGCCCAGAGAGCAAGUUACUCCGUCCUCUUGGCCCACGAGAUCCCUCCAUUGGAAGCGGGCGGCAACACUGACUUUGCCGACACGCGUGCGGCAUGGGAUGAGCUUCCCGAGGGGUGGAAGCAGGAACUCCUUUCGAAGAAUUACGUCGCCGGACACUCGUUCUGGUAUUCCCGCAAAAAGGCUUGCCCUGAAUUCUUUGCAAAGCUUGAGCCGGCGAAGCACCCGAUGAGCAAGCACAAAGUCGCCCAGCUCCAUGAGGCCAGCGGGAGGAUGAACCUGUUUGUUCCGUCGCACUGUCACCACAUUGAAGGUCUCGAGGGUGAUGUAGGAAGGGAGAGGCUGGAGUACCUUUACCACCACGCCACGCAGGACAAGUUUGUGGUUUCGGUUCCGUGGAAGCAGGUGGGUGAUUUGGUCAUGUGGGACAACACUUGUACUCUCCAUCGGGGGACGCCGGUGGUCGGGAGCUAUAGGAGGGAUAUGAGGAGGGCGACGGUGCUGGAUGGGAGCCAGGAGGCUUGGGGCCUCAACGAGAAGGUCGAGAAAGACUUUGCGUUUGCGGGUGAAGUUAUGGCUGAUGUAUUUCGAUGUUUGUCUGCUUGA